AUGGACUGUUUUCGGCAGAUUGCUCGACUGGUCAAGUCCCCCUUUCGGCGCGAGAAGCAGCAGAAGGUGUUGGAAAUCGGUCCCCCCACCGACUUUCGCAAAGAGGAAUUACCCGCGUUCUUCUCAGAUGACGAUGCCGCCACCCUGCACAGCCGGGGUUCGACCCUCGAGAAGGAGAAGGAAGCCGCUGUCACGGCCAUGGAACGCCAACCAUCCACACGAGACAAGAUUAAGACGCAUGUCCGGAGGCUGAGCGUCCGAGUCGCCCGCCCUCUUUCUGACGCCGAUGAGCAAUGA